AUGACAGACCGCAUGCGUACUAGUCAUGACGAUGGAACAGAAAACUCUGUGGCCCUACUCAGUGCAAGCAAGCCAGACUUAUUUGUGUCGGCCAGCGAGCGGAUACGCGCAGAUGCACGCGCGAAAGCCUGGGCCUUCAAGGAUAGGGACGCCGAGUUGUUUGCGUCACCCCCUCGAUUAAGGUCUAGCGCAGCCGACUCAGAUUCGGAUGAUUCUGUGCUGUUCUCAAAUGUAGAUGCAGCUUGGGAUGCAAAGGAUACGAGUGAACCGCUGCAGCACGACUUGGAAUGCUCUCCAAAGCGGGUUUCUCAUGAGUUGCUGCCAAAAGGUUUUUCUACGCACAGCGACGUGGAUACAAAGGAAGAUUUACCAUCCCCUUUGAAGCGCCCACGCAGAGCGGCCGCGCGCGAGCUUGCAUCGUACAAAGUUAAACUCAGCUUGACAAAACCUAAACAAGACCGAGCACUACAACGUACGCUCGGUACACCGCUGCCGCUAACGAAGCCACGAGAGAGGGUAGAGGCCAACAAAAUCAGGCUGCUUUUGCGCCAAAAGAAUGCUUCAGUGCGCAAGGGGCUUAAUACAGCGGCAUUGGAAGAAGCAGACGCGUGGGUGCGAGACAUGGAACAGGGGACGUUGGGUGCAUUGACAAAUUCCGCGCCUAAUUACGCUGCAGAUGGACGCAAAGCACUGCAGCUUGUCUCCAACACGCUUUCCAACACGCAAACGAGCAAGGAGGUUAUUCGGCUCUUGGAGCGCGAUGCCGUCCAUUUGGGCAAAGAGGUGCACGAGCCACUUGAUUGGAAUCCAUUCUGGCGUAAGAGUGGAAAUCAGGCCCAGGAAGUUAAAUUUUGUGAAGAGCACCCGAUGUAUGCGAUCGAGAAAUUUGCAGCGCACGACCCAGCUUUGCUCACAAAAGUGUUUUCCAUGCAUGGCUACACGACAUACGAAGCGCCCUUUGCUCACCCGCUCGCCCUGUGGCUUCUGCAGCGUAUCUGCGGCGAUAAUCCCGCAAAAAGAAACAGCGCACAGUGUAUGCUUUUGCAAAUGACGUUAAGCCAACGAUUUACUGCAUUUUCCAGUCUAGAAGCUGCCUUGCGUACCUAUCUACUGUCCAUUGGCGCAUCCCCGACGCUGCAAACAACACCGCACAUACCCAAAGACUUGUUUGUACUGCCAAGCACGUGUGCAAUGCAACGGCUAUGGGAUGCGCUCAUAGGGAUUCCCUGGCCUGCUGCACAAGCAGACUCCGUAUUUCCACUGCUCGUCUCUUUUUCCGCGUACACUCCUCUACAACAGACUGUGGAGCGAGAGCAAGCGCUGGAGCGCUUGUUGCACCUUGCAAACGACACGGCUCGCAUUUACGCACAGCUUGUCCAAGCAGCCCUGCCCAUGCACCCUGUAUACCAAGUAGCGAUGGCUGCGAGCGUGCCAGGCGCAUCUUUUGAAGCGCAAAAACUGCGCGCAUGCUUGGCGUAUCAAAUUCUGACAAAACGCACCGGGCAGAUGGACUUGGACGCGCUCCUAGCACUCUUUCAGGGCAAGGAUCCACUCUUUCCUAUACACUGCGCUGAUAAAGAUGCGUGCGAUUUCCGUAUUUUGGAUGCGCACGUACAGCUAAUGGCCUACGCGUUGGACAUUCAUGUUUGGUUCGCACGUGCCGAACCUCGAGUGCUGCUACGCAAAUUUGCGUUGCUGAGCAGCCUCCUCGUACGGUUAAAUGGAGAUAUAAAAGACCAUCGCGGCUCAUUUACGGAGCGUAGCUCUGUCAAAGAUCGCCUGCAACGCUUGCAGCUGCGAGUCCGGUAUCAAAUCCAGGGCCGCUUAACGCGGUCACCCCGUGAAUCAGCGCUAUGGACCGAGCUUUUAAACGGUAUUUGA